UUCUGGUUAGAGUUUUCAAUCGUACGAGACAUUAUCAGAGUGAUGAUGUAUCGCCUGGUCAGUCUCCUGUGCCUGGUCUCCGUAGCCACGGGACAACUUCAACUUCCAGGACCUUGUAACUGGACAAACAUAAAUUAUCAACGUAGUAUAAACCCUGAUGAGUUGGUGGGGAAGUGGAAUGAAAUUGAACGGGUUGCUAACUCCUACGAAAACGGGACUUGUUCGUCAUGGACACUAACAGCCGUCAAGCAAAAUAAUGUGAUUGUCGGCAUGAAUAUCUUAAUUCAAGACGUCUUUAACAAAAAACUCUAUUCGCUUAAUGGAAAUUUGACAAUUACUCCAACAUUUACAAUAAUUGCCACCUUUACAGACGGACUUGUAGUACCAUUCGUUAUUAUGGAAACUAAUUACAAAGACUACGCAGUAAUCUACAGUUGUAUAGAUCAAGGUCAACACGGUAUAGUUCUAGCUUGGAAACUAAGUCGAACUACACAACUAUCAAACGCGACUAAAGUGGCUUUUCAAGAACACGAUGGCUUAGCCAAAGGUAAUUGGACAGCAAUAUCCCACACUGAAGAUGCCUGCAAAAUAACGAACAACGCAAUCAAAACAUAUAUAAAUCCAAUAAUAUUAGUGAUCGUUGGUUUGGUUAUAGGCAAAGAUAGUUUUUAAGACUCAUUUAAUAAUUUUAUUUAUGUAAGGUAAACUAAUAUCGUACAGUAGAAGUAAAUUUAUUCAAGUAUGAGUACAAUACGAUCGACUAAUUGGCAACAUUUGCAAUUUAUUAAUUUCCUUCAAGUUACAAUGUUUCAUUCAGAACUAGUUAAAACUGGUUAUGACUAAAAGUCAAAAGUUUUAACUAACUUGGUUCAGUAAUAUUUUUUUCCUGUAAAUCUCACUCACUCACUUUAUAUAGUGUGUCAGCACGAGAACCAUAAUUAGAUGUAGAACCCAUUCCUCAAAUAUUUAUUUAUUUUAUUUAUUUAUAUUAUAUAUAGUAAUAUUAUACCGGAAAUAGUUUAACCAUUACAAAUAUUGUAGAAGCUAACCCUCUGUUCCAUUUUUGAAUAGGUAAAUUUUUUUUAUAUCCAAUUUUAAGCUCUGAUAAUAUAAAAUUAAUCCAAGAAACCUUUUUGACGAUUCUUAGAUCGAAUCGUUUUUCAUAGACGACUUGACAUCAUUUUUAAUUAACACAAUGUAUAAUAUUAAUUUUCGUAACAUAUUUAUCGACAGUUUAACGAAAUAAAAUUUUUUAUUUAACAAAUUUAUCAGAAAAAUUAAUACAAACUCAUUUAUUUAAUCUAAUUAAUAAAAUUUAGAGCCCAAACGGGUGGAUUUAAGGGGAAGACUUUUUGCACAGGAAUUUCUUAUGUAACGUAGCUGCGUAAUUUGUCAAAAAACUUCUCCUUAAUUGUUAAAUGGUGGAUGAAUUGUUGUAUGGAAGCUCAACCUUAUUCUAUUUUUGAAAUAUAUAAAUCGGUAUUGUGCCUUCGAUUUAUGCCUAGGAGAUAACUUGUAUAUCGUCUUUGAAAUCCCUAAAGAAAAUUAUUCAAUGUUUUUUUUUUUUUUAUUAACACGGAGAUCUGUUUUUGGUUUCUGUUUAUAAGUAAAAGAUCAAUUUGA